AUGACGGGUCAAACGGAUAUAAAUUGGGCAUCGAUCCCCAACGCUGUGGACUUGACCAAGUGGCCUCGAAACAAGGGUCUUUCUAGUUUGUUCUUUUUCGCAUCUAUUCUUUAUGUCGGUCAAUUUCUCAACGGCUACGACGGAACCAUAACCGGUGGUCUCCAAGCUCUACCAAGUUGGCACGCCGACUUGGGCAAUCCGGAUGCCAAUCGGAUUGGAUUAAUGAAUGCCGCUGCAUAUAUCGUUGGAAUUUGCAUGGGACCUAUCAAUGCCUACGUUGUCGAUCGAUUUGGACGAAAAUGGCCUAUACGAUGGUUUACCAUUACCAUGAUGCUGGGUACUAUCAUUGGAGUCAUUGCUGGCGUCAAGCAGGGUAAUACCGGUUAUGCGUUGUUUGUUGUUUCGAGGGCAAUUAUCGGCUCAGGUAUCCCUCCUUUCCUCAUGACAGCUCAAAUCAUGAUGCAAGAGAUUCUAUUGCCUGCCAUCUACAUGCUUAUUGCUGUACAGUUUGUUCCAGAGACCCCUCGUUUCCUAAUUGCCAACGGAAAAGAGGAAGAAGCUCGAGCCUUUUUUGUUAAAUAUCACGGGAACGGUAACGAAGACGACGAGCUGGUUGCUUUCGAGUGGGAGGAGAUGAAGGCUACCAUCGCUUUAGAAAAUGCACACCAAAGAUACUCUUGGGCUCAAGUUCUCAAGAUUCCAGGCAACAAACAUCGACUUGGCCUUGCGGCGUUGAUGACUUUUAUGCCUCAGUUAAAUGGAUCAAACAUCAUCACCAUGUAUUACUCCGUGGUCCUAGCUCAGUGCGGCAUCAAAGGCGCAGCACAGACAACUGGUAUCGGUGCCGGUCUCAACCUGUGGUCCUUCUUAUUACAAUUUGCUGGUGCUCGCGCUCUCAAAUAUACAAAAAGACGUCCGAUGGUACUCAUUGCUUGGCCCAUGUUGGCGGUCGGUAUGGCUGCCAUGGGUGCAUCCAACGGGGUGUACGCGAAGUCAGGUCAGACUAACAAGGCAGCUGGAAUUGCUUCUGUGGCUAUGGUCUGGAUUUACUCCAUCCCCAAUAAUUUCUCCCAACCUCUAUUCUAUUCUUACCCCGCAGAAGUACUGAACUACACCUUACGAGGCAAGGGAAUGGCAGUAUGGAACACAGUCAACCAGGCUUGGGGUGCAUACGGAUCAUAUGUUAAUUCCAUCGCUCUCGCCAACAUCGGUUGGAAAUACUAUCUGGUCUUUGUGCCAAUCUUGUCGGUCCAAUGGGUUCUGGCCUAUUUCUUCAUGGUUGAGACCAAAGGAUUCACACUGGAAGAGAUCGCUUUGGCUUUCGAAGGUCCCAAUGCGGCUGUUGCGAAAGUCGAUCGACGAUUAGCUGAAGAGUCGCCAGUUAUGGAUGAGAAGAAAGGGCUUGAAGAUUGUACCUCAGUUGCUAUCAAUGUAGUUUGA